AGCCGUACAGCUGUGCUCUGUGGCUAACAGACAAGCUAACAAGCUAACCUCAGCGGUGAAAAUAUCAGCACCCGUUCCUCAAACAAGACGCUCCGACAGCCACUUUGAGACUUUCCUUCAAAUAUGGGGAAAGGCGGAGGCACAUUUGAGAGGCUUCUCGAUAAAGCCACCAGUCAACUGCUCCUGGAAACUGACUGGGAAUCCAUUCUGCAGAUCUGCGAUCUCAUUCGACAAGGAGAUACACAAGCUAAAUAUGCCAUUGGGGCUAUUAAGAAGAAGCUGUAUGAUAAAAAUCCACAUGUGGCCCUUUAUGCACUUGAGGUCCUGGAGUCAGUGGUGAAAAACUGCGGUCAGACGGUGCAUGAUGAGGUGGCGAGUAAACAGACUAUGGAGGAACUGAAGGAUCUUCUCAAGAAACAGACAGAACCAAAUGUCAGAAACAAGAUUCUGUACCUAAUCCAGGCCUGGGCUCACGCUUUCCGUAACGAACCUAAAUACAAAGUGGUUCAAGACACUUAUCAGAUCAUGAAGGUGGAAGGUCAUGUUUUCCCCGAGUUUAAGGAGAGUGAUGCGAUGUUUGCAGCUGAGAGAGCCCCAGACUGGGUCGAUGCUGAGGAGUGUCACCGGUGCAGAGUUCAGUUUGGAGUUAUGACAAGAAAGCACCAUUGUCGAGCCUGCGGACAGAUUUUCUGUGGCAAGUGUUCGUCUAAGUACUCGACAAUUCCAAAGUUUGGCAUCGAAAAGGAAGUGCGUGUGUGCGAGCCCUGCUUUGAACUGCUUAACAACCACCCCUCCCUCUCUCCUCCACUUAGGAAAGCUGACGGAAAAGCCCCUUCCUCAGGUUCUGCUGAGCUGCCACCCGAGUACCUGACCAGCCCGCUGUCCCAACAGUCACAGAUGCCCCCCAAGAGAGACGAGGCAGCACUGCAGGAGGAGGAGGAGCUGCAGCUGGCCAUCGCACUUUCCCAAAGUGAGGCUGAGGAGAAGGAGCGGAUGAGACAAAAGAACUCAUACUCAAUGUAUCCCAAAGCUGAUCCCACCCCAGUGACAUCCUCAGCACCGCCAGUCAGCACCCUCUACACUUCCCCUGUGAACUCAUCUGCUCCAUCAGCGGAAGAUGUAGACCCAGAGCUGGCCCGUUACUUGAACAGAACGUACUGGGAGAAGAAGCAAGAAGAGGCUCGCAAGAGUCCUACCCCCUCAGCUCCUGCCCCUGUGCCAUUGGCUGAGCCCCUUCCAUCAAUCACUCAGCCUGUAGAAAGUCAUGUCCCUGUCCAGCCUGUCAGCAUAGUGGAGCAGCAGUACCAGAACGGUGAGUCAGAGGAGAACCAUGAGCAGUUUCUGAAGGCUCUACAGAAUGCUGUCACUACAUUCCUUAACCGCAUGAAGAGCAACCACAUGCGUGGACGCAGCAUCACCAACGACAGUGCCGUGCUCUCACUCUUCCAGUCAAUCAACAACAUGCAUCCACAGCUGCUGGACAUCCUCAACCAACUAGAUGAGAAGCGAUUGUACUAUGAGGGGCUGCAGGACAAGCUGGCUCAGGUGCGUGAUGCUCGGGCAGCCCUCAACGCGCUCCGAGACGAACACCGAGAGAAGCUGCGCCGUGCUGCAGAGGAAGCAGAGAGACAGAGGCAGAUCCAGCUGGCACAAAAGCUGGAGAUCAUGAGGCAGAAGAAACAGGAAUACCUGGAGAUGCAAAGACAGCUGGCCAUUCAACGCCUCCAGGAGCAAGAGAAAGAGAGACAGAUGCGUUUGGAGCAGCAGAAACAUACAAUCCAGAUGAGAGCCCAGAUGCCUGCUUUCUCUCUGCCCUACGCCCAGAUGCAGUCUUUGCCCCCCAGUGUUGCGGGAGGUGUGGUAUACCAGCCUGGUGCUCCACCCAGCUACCCAGGCACCUUUAGCCCUGCUGGUUCUGUAGAGGGUUCACCUAUGCACAACAUCUAUAUGAACCAGCCAGGACAGACUGCACCAGGACAGUAUCAGGCCAUGCCUAGUGCUGCUACAGAUCCUAAUAUGGUUAAUGCAUACAUGUACCAAGCAGCCGGCACCAAUGGGCAGCCUGCUCCACCGCAAGGCCAGGCUCCACCCACAACUAGUCCACCUUACUCCAACUAUCAGCCCACACCUACGCAGGCCUACCAGAAUGUGGUCUCUCAAGCACAGAGUAUGCCCCCCAUGUCCCAGCCGGCACCCACCAAUGGUAUGGGUUACAUGGGUUACCAGCCAUACAACAUGCAGAACAUGAUUUCAGCAUUGCCAGGACAGGACCCCAAUAUGCCCCCCCAACAGCCGUACAUGCCAGGCCAGCCGCCCAUGUACCAGCAGGUUGCUCCCCCUGGUGGACCCCAGCAGCAGCAGCAGGCACAGCAGCAGGCACCUCAGGCUGUGCCGGGCAGCGCAGAGGCUCAGCUCAUCUCCUUCGACUAGAAGCCCACGUCCUGCAGGGUCUAACACACUACACCUUCUGUUCUCCUUUGGUCUCUCCCCUCCCUCUCUGGACUCUGAGGAUAUCCUCUGGAAACACACACAUGCUUCCCACCUUCCACCUUGCUGUCAUGUUGUGGCAAUGUGAAAUAUUGUAAUGAUGUUGCAGAACUGUUGCUCUCCUGGCUUCUCCCCCACUGAAGUAUGGGAAUCGGGGGUAAAGCUGCAAUGGAGGACACCAUACCCCAGACCCUUCACCUUCUUCCUCCUUCUUUCCAGCUGAUAUGUAUGUAGUAUUUCCUUAUUAAAUGAAUAACUGAAGUGCAGAAAUAGUCAGUGGUAUUAAAGUUAAAAUGAAAAUAUGAUAAUAAUUUAGAAAACAAAAAAGAAGACACGACCAUCCUUUGUCUCAUAUUUUUCUAAUGCAAAAUUUGCAUGUUAAAUUUCAUUUAUUUUCUGGAAUGGAAGUGAAUUAUUGCAGCCUGAUCUAACAGUUUAGGCAGUGAUUGAGAAACAUCUAUAUGUGCUGUUUAAGAGGUCGUGGGUGUGUUGAAAGAGUGAUAUCUAGAGAGAGAAAGCACAGUCAAAGGCCUGGAAUAAAUGGCACUCGCAUCUUCAUCAGGUUCACAGCUUAACAUUCCAGUUGUAGUUUUCAGAUCGUCCCUUCUUAUGCACCCAGAUGCACACAAACAGGUCGUCUUGUUUUGGCAUUCAUUUAUUGUGUGCUGCUUGAACUAAUGAGUGUUUUAAUGUAGUUUCCAUGACGAAGGAACACAUUGCAGGGAUUGUACAUUGUGGGAGGAGUGAUAGAAAAUUAGCUGGGUGGUUGUUUAAUGCUCAAUGAAUAUACUUUCACAGAUUAAAUCAUUAGUUUAAGUAAACUAUACAUACUAAAAGCAGUUCAGCAAUUCUACUAGUAUCCUGCAUCCAUUUUAAUAAAGUAACUUCUGUUGCCAAACAUAAAGUACCAUCACAAGACUGACAGAAGCAUAUGACCUUAACCUGCAUUUAACUACAGACUGCCUGCAAGUGUCCCAUUUGGUUCACAUCCAUUUGGUUGAAAAUGUUACAUAUAUAGAUAGCUACACAUUAAGUACAAGAUGGCCCUCUUUCUGAAGUGUACUCAACUAUUCAGAAAUGUGGAAAUGCUUACAGAGUGAACAAGAUGUGCUGCAUGUAUGUGUCACACACCCAAUCAGUGAUUUCUGUAAUUUCUUCAGUUACCAUCUGUGAACUUCUUUAUUCCAUCAUACUGAUCUGUCUGACUUUAAAGUAAUUUUAAAAUUAUAUUUAAUAAAUAUCUGGAUCUUAUUGUC